AUGUUGCCGGCUACAGCUCGGGAUGUCCUCUGUCGACUGUCCACCUACCUGGAAGAACUCGAGGCUGGGGAACUGAAGAAAUUCAAAUUAUACCUGGGGACUGCAGAGGAACCGGGCCAGGACAAGAUCCCCUGGGGACGAAUGGAGAUGGCUGGUCCUCUGGAAAUGGCCCAGCUGAUGGUGACCCAUAUGGGGACAAGGGAGGCUUGGCUGCUGGCUCUCAGCACCUUUGAGAGGAUCCACAGGAAGGACCUGUGGGAGCGAGGACAGAGAGAAGACCUGGUGAUGGUCACUCCGAAUACUGGCGCAUGCUCCCUUGAGAGGCAAUCAGCUUGCCUUCUGGAUGUCUCUGCUAGUGCUCCAAGGAAAGAUCCCCAGGCAACCUACAAAGACUAUGUCCGCAGGAAAUUCCGGCUAAUGGAAGACCGCAAUGCGCGACUCGGUGAAUGUGUCAACCUGAGCCACCGUUACACCCGGCCUCUCUUAGUAAAGGAACACUCAAAUCCUAUCUGGGCACAGCAGAAACUUCUGGAUACAGGAUGGGGAUACUCCAGGACCAGGGGCCACCAGUCUAGCCCUAUCCAAAUGGAGACCCUCUUUGAGCCAGACGAAGAGCGCCCUGAGCCACCAGGCACAGUGGUGUUACAAGGGGCAGCAGGGAUGGGGAAGUCCAUGCUGGCCCACAAAGUGAUGUUGGACUGGGCCGACGGGAGGCUCUUCCAAGGUCGGUUCGAUUAUGUUUUCUACAUCAGCUGCAGGGAGCUGAACAGAAGCCAUGUCCAGUGCAGCGCACGCGAUCUCAUCUCCAGCUGCUGGCCCGAGCCGGGUGCACCCCUCCAGGACCUCAUCCGGGCUCCCGAUCGCCUCCUAGUCAUCAUUGAUGGCUUCGAUGAGCUGCAUCCUUCUUUCCAUGAUGCUCAGGGUCCCUGGUGUCUCUGCUGGGAGGAGAAACGACCCACAGAACUCCUCCUCGGCAGCCUGAUUCGGAGGUCGCUUCUGCCCCGACUCUCUUUGCUCAUCACCACACGACCCUGUGCUCUGGAGAAGCUGCAUGGCUUGCUGGAACACCCCAGGCACGUGGAGAUCCUGGGCUUCUCCGAGGCAGAGAGGAAGGAGUACUUCUACAAGUAUUUUCAUAACACUGGGCAAGCGAACCAAGUGUUCAGCUUCAUGAUGGACAACGAGCCCCUCUUCACCAUGUGUUUUGUUCCCAUGCUGUCCUGGGUGGUCUGCACCUGCCUCAAGCAGCAGCUGGAAAGCGGGGAGCUUUUAAGACAAACAUCUAGGACCACCACGGCGGUUUACAUGUUCUACCUUCUGAGUCUGAUGCAGCCCAAGCCAGGGACCCCGACCUUCAAAGUCCCAGCCAGCCAGAGAGGCCUGGUCUCUCUGGCUGCAGAGGGCCUCUGGAAUCAGAAGAUCCUAUUUGAGGAACAGGACCUUGGUAAACACGGCCUAGAUGGAGCGGAUGUCUCCACCUUCCUCAACGUGAAUAUCUUCCAGAAGGACAUCAAGUGUGAGAAAUUCUACAGCUUCAUCCACCUGAGUUUCCAGGAAUUCUUCGCAGCCAUGUACUGUGCCCUGCAUGGCAGAGAGACAGUGAGGAGAGCGUUGGCUGAGUACGGCUUCUCGGAAAGGAACUUCUUGGCCCUCACCGUCCGCUUCCUGUUCGGCCUCCUCAAUGAGGAGAUGAGAUGUUACCUGGAGAAGAAUCUGGGCUGGACCAUCUCCCCUCAGGUCAAGGAGGAAGUGUUGGCGUGGAUCCGAGACAAAGCUCACAGUGAAGGAUCCACCCUGCAGCGUGGCUCCCUGGAGCUCCUCAGCUGCUUGUAUGAGAUCCAGGAGGAAGACUUCAUCCAGCAGGCCCUGAGCCACUUUCAAGUGGUGGUAGUCAGCAACAUCGCAACCAAGAUGGAGCACAUGGUGUGCUCCUUUUGCGUGAGGUACUGCAGGAGCGCGGUGGUGAUUCAUUUGUACGGGAGUACCUACAGUCCAAGCACAGAGGACGACCCACCAGCACCUUCAGGAGCCCCGCCUCUAUCCGAACACUUACAGGAGAGGAACACACUUCCUGAUGUCUACAGUGCGCAUCUCUCAGCAGCGGUCUGCACCAACCCAAACCUGAUGGAGCUGGCCUUGUACCGCAACGCCUUGGGCAGCCGGGGUGUGCGGCUGCUCUGCCACGGCCUCAGACAUGCCAACUGCAAGAUUCAAAACCUGAGGCUGAAGAGGUGUCAGGUCUCCGGAUCAGCCUGCCAGGAUCUGGCAGCGGCUCUCAUCGCCAACAGGAAUCUAAUCAGGCUGGACCUCAGUGGCAACAGCAUUGGGGUGCCAGGCCUGGAACAGCUCUGCGAGGGGCUGAGGCACCCCAGGUGUAGGCUGCAGAUGAUCCAGCUGAGGAAGUGUCUUCUGGAGGCCACAGCUGGAGGAGUGAUCGCCUCUGUUCUCAGCAACAACUCACAUCUGGUGGAGCUGGACCUGACAGGAAACCCCUUGGAGGACUUGGGACUGAAGCUGCUAUGUCAAGGGUUGAGACACCCAGUCUGCAGGCUGCGCACCUUGUGGCUGAAGAUCUGCCACCUGGGCCAGGCUGCCUGUGAAGAUCUGGCCUCCAGCCUCAGCAUGAACCAGAGCCUGAUGGAGCUAGACCUAGGUCUGAAUGACCUUGGGGAUCCCGGAGUGCUUCUGCUGUGUAAGGGCCUCGGGCACCCAGACUGCAAACUCCAGACCCUUCGGUUGGGCAUUUGCCGGCUGGGCUCAGACGCAUGCGCAGGGCUUGCCCGUGUGCUCCAGGUCAACACUUGCCUCCGAGAGCUGGACCUGAGCUUCAACGACUUGGGAGACAGGGGCCUGUGGCUGCUGGGGGAAGGACUGAGGCACCCGUCCUGCAGACUCCAGAAGCUGUGGCUGGACAGCUGUGGCCUCACGUCGAAAGUGUGUGAGGACCUUUCUUCCAUCCUAGGAGCCAACCAGACCCUAAAUGAGCUUUAUUUGACCAACAAUGCCCUGGGGGACACAGGUGUCCGGCUGCUGUGCAAGAGGCUGAGACAUCCAGGCUGCAAACUUCGAGUCCUGUGGCUAUUUGGAAUGGACCUGAACAAAAUGACCCACAAGAGGCUGGCAGCGCUUCGAGUCACAAAACCGUACUUGGACAUUGGGUGCUGA